ACAGGCUCCAUCACUCUGUUUUCAUCUUGUAACAAAAAAUGAACGCUAAUGCCACCACAAAUUCGCCACUGCCGGAAACCCACAUUGACGACCAUUUCUCCGGUCAGCAACAUGACCAACCAAACGUACCAUUGCUACUCCAGCCAUCUUAUGCCAGAUCAAAAUCCCUACUCUUUGAUGAGCUCCGCAACUUCAGAAUCUGCCUCAAAUGGUGCGCACUGGACCACUCCUCCUGCAUUGGCAAACUCAUCUCAUAUUUCAUCUUCGUCUUCCUCGCAAUUGUAGUCCCCAUCACAAGCUCCCUCUCCGUUAAACUCUCACCCUCUUACGCUUCCUUCAACCUCCUUGUUCAGUUUCCCGAAUCAUGCUUAGCUCUGUUAGGAUUCUUCACCCUCUGCCGCUUCUUCAGCCAAUACGGGUUGAGGCAACUCCUGUUUCUCGACGCAUUACAGGAGGAUUCCAGAUUUGUCAGGCGCGGUUACACCCGAGAGCUUGACAAGGCCUUUCGUUUCCUUGCGUGCAUACUCCUCCCAUCGUUCUUCGUAGAGCUUGCCCACGAGAUCUUCUUUUUCUCCAGGGUGAAAAUAUGCCUCCCUUAUGUCAAUCCUGGCGUACCCCUGAAUUCAAUUAUGUUUGUUUUGGUGCUUGGAUCAUGGGUUUACAGGACAGGGGUAUUUCUGUUAGUCUGUGUUCUGUUCAGAUUAACAUGUGAGCUACAGAUUCUAAGGUUUCAAGGACUGCAUAAGAUGUUCGAAGGAUGUGGGUCUGAAGCAGGGGAGAUAUUCCAGGAACAUAUGAGGAUCAGAAAACAAUUAUCCAUUACAAGUCAUAGAUAUCGGUUUUUUAUCAUUGCAUCGUUGGUCGUGAUCACCGUGAGUCAAUUCGUGGCGCUGUUGCUGGUACUGGCUUCAAAAUCAGACAAGAGUUUCUUGAAUUCGGGUAACCUGGUGGUGUGUUCAGCCGUUGAGGUGAGCGGCUUCUUCCUCUGCUUGUUAGGUGCGGCAAGAAUCACACACAGAGCCCAGGGGAUGGCUGCCGUGGCCAGCAGAUGGCAUAUGAGCCUGACAGCUGCUGGGUCACGGCAGGAGAAAGUUCGUUACCACGGCGCCGAUAGCAGCCUGCUACCGUUUUACAAAUGCGGCGGUGACAGUGACUCUGAUUCCUCGGACAUACUCAUCACAAUUGCCUCAUCACAGGACCCAUCAUCCUUCCAAACCAGGCAGGCUUUAGUCUUGUAUUUCCAACACAACAAGGGAGGAAUAACGCUGUUUGGAUAUGCUCUAGAUCGAGGACUGCUUCAUACAAUAUUUGCAUUUGAGUUCUCAUUAGUGAUGUGGGUUUUAAGCAAGGUGGUGGUCUUAUCUUAGUUAGUUACCCCAUCAAUUUGUAACGUAACACCAAACUUCAUGUAUAACCCUUUUCAUCAAUAAGUGAAUUGCUAUUUA